AUGGCAACUAUGACGAUAGCACCAGCCUCAGAUCCACCGGAGCUUCUGCGCGGCGACCAACAUGUCGAUGUGGAAGAUAUCGAAAGCACCCAUACUCUAUCCGAUUCGGACGAGUUGACCCCGCCAUUGCACGCGGUCAGCAUCUCGCCGAGAUGGAAUGAGACCAAAACUAUGAUAUGGCGGGUUACCGCAACAUGCUGGUGUGCCUUGGUGAUGGGCGCCAAUGAUGCUGCGUACGGAGCUAUUAUCUCUUCAGUGCGUGCCUUCUCAUGCCGUCCCGAAAAGUCUAUACUAAAUAAAUUACAGCUCGAGCUUUAUUACCAAAAGAGCUAUACGGUCAUAUCCCUCGUCUUCCUUUCGCCUUUUGCGGGCUAUGUAAUUUCCGCGGUCCUGAGCUAUACCGUUCACCAGUAUCUUGGCAGACGAGGUAUUGCUUUCAUCGGGCCUUCAUGUCAUCUGAUUGCAUUCGCAAUCAUCUCAAUCCACCCACCCUUUCCUGUCCUGGUAGUCCUCUAUAUCCUCGUGGGCUUGGGAAGUGGCUUUCAAAAUGCAGCGUGGAAUGUGUGGAUUGGAAACAUGGCAAAUUCGAGCGAAGUUCUCGGCUUCUUACACGGAUUUUAUGGUGUGGGGGCAACUGUUAGCCCUCUUGUCGCGACAAGUCUAAUCUCAAAAGCGGGAUGGCCGUGGUAUUCCUUUUAUUAUCUGAUGGCCGGAGGGGCUGCCAUUGAACUUGUCUAUGCAGCGAGCGCAUUCUGGACCGAAACAGGCGCCAAAUAUAGACAGGAAAGUGAGGGCACGACCACAAGGGGAGGCGCGCUCUACCAGACUCGCCUCUCCCUCACAUUCAAGGUAACCUGGAUCAUAGCAGCCUUCCUCUUCCUCUACGGCGGAACCGAGGUAGCAAUUGGCGGCUGGAUCGUCGUCUUCAUGACCAACAUCCGGCACGGCAGCGCCUUCGCGUCCGGAAUGACUGAAACGGGAUUCUGGCUCGGUAUUACGGUCGGCCGAUUCGUGCUGGGAUUCGUAUCGCCACGGAUUGGCGAGAAGAUGGCCAUCGCAAUCUACAUCCUCUGCGCGAUUGCGCUGGAGCUGAUUUUCUGGCUUGUGCCGGAGUUUAUUGUCUCGGCCGUCGCGGUUUCUUUUGUUGGGUUUUUCUUGGGGACGAUAUUUCCUGGUGUUGUGGUUGUUGCAACGCGGCUCUUGCCUAAACACCUUCAUGUUGCGGCUAUUGGGUUUGCCGCGGCUUUUUCGAUGGGUGGUGGUGCCGUUUUCCCGUUUAUGAUAGGUGCUAUUGCGCAGGUGAAGGGGGUGAGUGUGCUUCAGCCGAUUUUGCUGGCGAUGUUGGCUGUGGCUUUGGGGAUUUGGUCUACUCUGUUUAAGAUCCCAACAGUGGAGCAGCGUCGUGUUUGA